UACCAGGACCGCCUGUCCAGCAGGCUGCGCUCGGAGGAAGUGCGCGAGCCGGCUGGGAGCCUCUGCCUGGGUCUUGCGGAUUAAACGCGGCGAGGGCGGGUUGUGGCGUCCGGAUCCGGAUAAAGGGACCAAGCCGGAGGCAGCGACCCGCCAGCCGCGUGCUCUUGGUGGAAGCUUCCCCAAGCCCCAGCUCCCGCAGGGGGGGACCACUCCCCGCCACGCGCGCACACACGCGCGCGCGCGCAACCGGGAUGACCGGCCAGCCGCCAUCCACGGUGGUAGCUUCUCUGUGUCUUUUGCCCAGGCUCCGGCUCUGCUUUCUGCUAUUCAGUGCUUUCACUGCUGCUCGUCUUUGCCACCUAUUCGCCCCUUUCAGCAGAAGCUGUGGCUGGGAGCUUGUCUGCCUGACACCCCCUUCGCCCCCCAGGCCUGGGAAUCAGUGUGCCUAUGCACAGUGCCUAAAGAUAACUCAGCCAGUGUUCAGAGUGUGCUGUGGCUUGAAAACACCGAAGACCCUCCACAGCCUGAUUAGAUUUAAGCACUGGGAGUUUCCCAAGGAUGCAUCAUUACAUUAAGUUGGAAAUCUCCCUGUGUGGUACGUAUAGGUGCAGACGCAUAGAUCUCCACCUUUGGAAAGAAAGAAACUGGGCACAAAAGAUGAAACAGAUUUUACCAAAGUUGCAAAGAAAGUCAGUGAGAGAUGAAUUCCAGCCCAAAGCUGAAUACCUGGUCACCACUGCCUAUGGCUGUGAGCAACAAACAUCCCUCCUGAGCCUCAGGUGGAGGAGGCAACUUCAAGGUGUCAGCCAGAACAUGUCUUCCUACCUGAAAACCACAAUGGGAUUGCUUGUUUUCUUAGGAAAAUUACUUUUUAGUGGUUCGAUGAGUCUGAUGUUUUCUGUAAUUCCAAAGCCACGGAAGAGUGUUGCUGGCGAAAUCGUCCUUAUAACGGGCUCUGGGGGUGGACUUGGGAGGCUCCUCGCCUUGCAUUUUGUCCGCCUGGGAUCCGUGCUUGUUCUCUGGGAUGUCAAUACAGAGGCCAAUGAGGAGACGCGCAGGAUGGCUCAGGAAACCGGCACCACCAGGGUGCACGCCUAUACCUGCGACUGCAGCCGAAAGGAAGAAGUCUAUAGAGUGGCUGAGCAGGUUAAAAAAGAAGUUGGAGAUGUUUCCAUCCUAAUCAACAAUGCUGGAAUUGUAACAGGCAGAAGCUUUCUUGAUUGCCCAGAUGAGCUUAUAGAAAAGUCUUUUGAUGUGAAUUGUAAAGCACAUUUAUGGACUUAUAAAGCCUUUUUACCUGCCAUGAUUGCUAAUAACCAUGGACAUUUGGUUUGCAUUUCAAGUUCAGCUGGAUUAAUUGGAGUAAAUGGACUUGCAGAUUAUUGUGCAAGUAAAUUUGCAGCCAAUGGAUUUGCUGAAUCUAUAUUCAUGGAAACAUUUGCCCAAAAACAAAAGGGAAUCAAAACUACAAUUGUGUGUCCAUUUCUCAUAAAAACUGGAAUGUUUGAGGGCUGUACUAGUAGUAGCCCCACUGUGCUGCCAAUUCUGGAACCAGAAUAUGUAGCCCAAAAGAUAGUAGAUGCUAUCCAGCAGGAACAGCUAUACCUGUAUGUGCCUAAGUCUUUAUACUUCAUGAUGUUUUUAAAAAGUUUCCUGCCAGUCAAGACAGGACUGCUUAUUGGUGACUAUUUGGGCGUCUUUAACAUAAUGAAUGGCUUCAUUGGGCAAAAGAAGAAAACCUAAAGAUCAACCCUGUGCCUGAUAGCAUCUGAUACCUAGAACAACAUUAUGAUUAGUCUAAAGAAGACAAGUUUUUUUGUCUAUUUGAAGACAAGUGAUAUUUCUACUCUGCUACCUGGACUAGAAUUUUCAACCAGUAUCUGAAAAUGACAUUGCUCUCUCCUUUUUAUGUUGAGUUUGGGGAUUUUCUUAUUGUUGUUGUUGUUUCUUUGUUUCAAAAAAUAGUGACACCCAAUUUUGUCAUUUCCAUUUGCAAAAGAAGUGAGAAAAAUACAAGUUUCUCUGAUGGACUACUCCAGCUUUGGCCACUGUGAAGGUGGAUCCCAUGGACCAGGUGGCCCUGGUUGCUUUUGCGGCCUGGGGACAGCAUUAUGAGUGUCCAGAUGAAAUGCCCUUCCUCCAGGGCACACAGGAGCUCUGGAUUCUGCAACCCCUUGUUCUCAGCUUUGCCCAUUCUAAACCCAGACCAUCAAGUAUAGAAAAGGCCAAUGCCCACGGCCUUCCUUUCCAAAACAGUUUCACACUUACCAUCCAAUGUCCUGAAUCCUCAGACUGCUUGGCACUUGUCUAGCUGAAGGUCUAUGAGUUACCAUUCUCUGGUGACUUGUAUGAACGUGUCCUGAAGGGCACUCAUGGGCAGUAAUCUCAGAUCAAAACACUGCAAGAAAUCAAAGAAUGGUUGCCACUUCUUCUGAAAAUGAAAUUCUGCUGACUUCAUUUACUGCUACCAGUUGAUCCAAAAGCCAUAUUCAUACGGUUAGAUUUAAGUAUUGAACUUACAAGUUCAAGCUGGGAUUUGUGUUGAUUCAUUUCUUCCCAGAAUGAGCGCUCGUACAUGUGUGAAUUCAUCAGUGCAGACCUCAGAGCUGUUGUCUCUUACAGUUUAAUCAACGCGCAAACUGCUUUCAUGCUUUGGACAUUAACUAUAGAAGCACAGCUAAAACCUGAGUUAAUUACUAGUACCCCUGGAACUCUUCCAGGCCGGUGGGACACCUGCCUCCAAGGAGAACACCAGUCUUUUUGUCCGCUCCCCACUUGGGGAGCAGGAUGGAAGGAGAGGUACCUCAGAAGACUCCGUAAGAUCCAAAAAAACUCUUUCAGGAUUUUGAUUCAGGACUUUAAUAUCUUAAGGGCAAAAGUUUCUUAGACAGACAAGGGUCUCCGCCAGUGUGGAGGGUGGAAUACACUGUGGAUGGAUUCAUCUUGAGUGGCCUGUGUGUUUUUGAGGAUUCUGUUCCUCUACUGCCUUUGAAAUAAAAAACUUUUAUGAUAAUAAUAA